UGGCGGACGCCGGCGGUUCCAGGACUACAGAGAACCCCUCGCCGGCACGGGCUACAGCGCACGCGAACGUCGAGAAACCCCUCGCGCGCCCGCAGCCGCUGCACACUCGAACACGAUGACCCCUGGAUCUGAGCAGCUGAGGUGCUCGCGCGGUCUCCUCCUGCUACUCCUCGCGGUCACCUCACCGCUCGUUUCGGCGCAGCUGGAGGACAACUCAACGCGAGCUGCGUCUCGAAGGGGUCUGUCUGCCGUCAGUACCGAUGUGAGCACUUCAACGACUACGGAAAAGCCAGACCCCGUCAAGGAGGCUCUCGACUCCAUGUCCGAACGGAUCACGCGAAUCGUGAUGAAAGAGUUCUACCCCAUGGUCAGCGAGCUCAUAUAUGACCCGCGACUUUCAACGGGUUGUAUCGGGUCGCUCAUGAAGAUUGGCCCGGCUUUGAAGAAUUUCGACAUCUGGGCCGUGGAAAUGGUGGACGCUAUCGGCAAGCCGCAAGCUGGCGCGACCCAGGGCCGCAUCGCAGUGUACGGCGCCUACGACCUGUGUCUGUCCAUCAGGCACAACGAGAACCUCUUCCAGGGCAAAUACUGCAUGGUACACAUGUACCACGAUGGCUCCGACCUGCCAGCCAUGGUGUACAAAAUCGCCGAAAAGUUUCUCAAGCACCACAAUCUCGAAUAUAUCGGCAACAUUUCCAGGAUCAAUGACAAGGAGUUCGUGUCUAUCAUCCCCCUUCUCAAGUACGGCGUUUGUCUGCCUUCGGUAUGCAACCGGGAGGACCUUCAAGUGAUCAUCGACCACUUUGUCGGCAAUCUCAAUCUCAACAUAAAGGCUGCGUGGUGCAAGACCGAAGAGCCAGUCAAAUUAGAUCGACGACAGACCUUGAUUGUGUGCCUUUUCGUACUGUGGACCGCCUUCAUUCUUUUCGGAACUGCCUACGACAUCUACAGGACGAUUCUCUCGACGGAAGAAAUCAAGGAACCGAAGUACCACCCCUUCAUAAGCUACCUCUCCGAUUCGGUGCAGUCCGUUUCCCUUCGAAGGGCCUUCAAGAAACUGAUGGACAUGCCCAACUGGGGUGACUACUCCAACAAGCUCGGUUUCAUUCAUGGUGUGCGUGUCUUCUCUGCUACGUGGAUCGUUCUGGGACACAGCCACAUGCUACGGGACCUGCACGCCAGCUCCAACAUAAUUCGUUUCCUCAAGCGGAUUCAAGAAGACUUCUUGUUCACUGUUCAAAUCAACGCCUUCAUGUCAGUCGAGACGUUCCUUGUCAUAACAGGAUUUCUUUCGGGCUAUCUUGUGACCAAGGCACCAAAUUUGGACAUUCACCCACUACUGCUAUUCAUCGUGGCACUGGGAAGGCGCUACAUCAGAUUUAUCGUUCCAAUGGCAGCGCUCUUCGGCUUCGUUUACCUCAUCCCUGCCCUGGCGGACGGGCCCGUGCUGCACGACUACUGGCAUCUCUUCGUGGGCCCCUGCGAAAAGAGCUGGUGGAAGAUAUUCACUAUGUCCCAAAACUACAUGGACGGCUUCAAGGACCUGUGUAUGCCCCACUACUGGUACAUCUCAGUCGAUUACCAGCUUGCCAUCGUCAGCACAAUAUUCUUGGUCUUCAUCAUGCCUAAAUGGUUCAAAGGAUCUCUGUAUUUCAUGGGACUCAUUGUUGUUGCCACUUGUCUGACGACCGGUAUUCAGAUUUACGUGCAUGAAUACACGCCGUUCAACAUCGUCUUAACCACGAAUGUGAGGCAGCUCAUCGAAUCGGCGAUGAACAUCUACGUCAAGGCAUACACGCACGCACCGCCGCUAUUCGUGGGCAUCAUCUUCGGCUGCCUGGCCGUCAAGAGGCACCGUCUGUCGAAGAUGGUUCAGGGCGCUGCUUGGGUCCUGGCCAUCACGGUGUCACUCGCCGCGCUGCUGGGCGUGCGCAGCUGGUUCGAGGGCCGCCAGCCGCACAGACUAGAGUCGGCCAUCUACGGCGGAAUGCACCGAGUGUCUUGGGGAUUGUGCGUUGGCUGGGUCAUGUACGCUUGCGCCACGGGCCGGGGAGGUUUCGUCACCAAGAUCCUCGCCUGGCCUAUCAUGUACCCGCUGGGAAGGCUUUCAUUCUCAGUAUACAUGGUGCAUAUCCUCCUCAUGGGCACCAACGCCAUUCUGAGCCGGGAGAACAUCACUCAACAGCCUUUCUUGCACGCUCAAUUCUACAUAUCACAAGUGGUGAUGUCCUACCUCCUGGGUGCCAUCGUCUACCUCCUCAUCGAAUGUCCCGUGGCAGGCCUGGAUAACGAGUUCUUCCGAAGGUUCAUGAACUUAGACCAGAUGAGGAGCGACAACACCAAAUACAAUAAUGAAAGUCAAGACCUCAACGCCGUCCAAGUCACCACCGGUAAUGGUGCGACAAAAAUAGAGGACGCGUCGUUGUUCAAACUGCAAGUUUCCAACGGCGUCGCCGACGUCCCAAAGAACGUUUGCAAUGGAUGCCAUCACAAUGGCUAUACAAACGGUGCCUGUGAAACCGAUCUCGUCGAGAAAGACACUGCGGCGAAUGGCGCCAUUGUUUCAGUGAAAUUCUGAAAAUGUGUUAUGUAUAUAGCUGCUUGAAUAUGUAAAUAGUCCUAUACAUGUUUCACCUCUUGUAAAUGUUGUGAGUGGACAAACAGCGAUAAGCAAGGAUGCUUUUUUCUAUUGUCUAGUAGCCUGCUCAUGGUUGUGCAAUGACGUGCUGCUGUGGCGCCCGGUUAUGCGAAUUUCGGUAGUUCGUAAAUACGUGUUGUGUUGAUAUUAUGCAGUUGUGGCUAAGCACUCCCAUAAAUUCUUGCUUUGAAGUCUUCUUGUUCUUCUUUCUGUGAAAUUUGAGCGCCCGAAUAUGUGCCGCAAAGCCGCAUGUGAUUCUAAGCUUAUGUCUUUACUAUUUCGCUAUCUCUCUCUCUCUCUUUCUAUCACUUGAUUCUGUAGUUGUAGCUGGUGAAGUCACGGCCAGUUCGAUGGCAGCUGGCUCAUGCACACAAUCCUGCCGCUUUCGCCCAAGUUUUUAAUUAUUUGCGAAAUGACAUGCCAUAUAUAUAAAUUUUGAUAAUCAAAGCGCCAAAUAUAACAUGUAAAUAUAAUCCUUUUCCGGAUCACUUUAGAAAAAAAUUCUUACACAAGGAUCUUCAGAAAGCUAUACCACUUUUUUUUAAGUGCCUCGCGUUUUUUUUUUUUUUUUUACUGAACGUUUCGUGGAUAUCAGGCAACGAAAAGCCGUUAACGUAACGCGUUUAUUGCCUGCCACGGGUGGGGCUCAACACAAGCCUAUAACGCCACGCCGCACUUUCAAAGUGUGAGAAGGCCCACGGCAUAUUUACUAAUACCUCGCAUUGUAUCUGUUCUUUUCUUGCCUUCUUUUUUCACAUGCAACUCGCACGUCUUUCCGAAUUGUGCCAAUGGGCUUGGGACAAACUCCCACGUGUCUCGCAAGCAAAGCGUUUUCUAAACUUGCUCAGCCAUCCGAUAGAAAUUUUGGUCCGGAGCUUUCAAAGCAGGCUGAUCUCCUCUCCACGUGUGCAACGGACAUUUCCUUCCUUUAGGCGGGCGCCGGUGACCCUCAGUCACGCGAUGCUGUUGGUCUCUGUUAUCACUGCUGCUGGCCACAUAGCGGCACCAUUAUUUCUUCUUCUACGGCGAAGAUGAGAGGCAGUAAGAGGACGCUUUCACUGAGACCCUAAUGUCGUCACAGGAAGGCAGAGACGUCUUUCUCAGGUAACAGUGGCAAGUGAACGUUGCCCAAUCACAAACGCCCGCCAUUAGUAGACCAGAAAGCAACGCCGCACCUUAUUUGUUUCCACGCUUCGAUUGUAUUCAAAGGACACGCAAGCAACGAAAACAGCAAUAAAUAACAUUUACGUCGUCUUAACGCACGUUGCCGGCUCGGUCGAUCAGGAAGGCCGAUUAAUUCAAAUCGCACCUUCACUAAGACACGAACAUAAACACGCUAAGUAUAGUAUCUAAGAACAACGUAUACACGAGUAGCGAAAAUAUAAUUCUCUAAACUCGCAAAGUAUUUUUUUUGCCCGCCUUAUUUAUUGAUAACGAAUAAUUGCCGAGACCUAUAUACUGCCAAAAUGUACGACGUCACGGCAAAAUGAUGCGGAAUGGUGCGGUAGUGCUGGCCACUUUAUCACACCUCAAAAAAAGGGGUGGGGGACACCAGCACAAACACUACCUACGCUGACUUCUUUCUCACCUGCCUCUCAUUUGACUUUUUUCUCUGGUGUUCUAAUUACGUCUCACGAAUAAAAGUGUUAUUUAUAUCUAUACUUGAUAAUCAUAAGCAGCUUAUGUUAUAACUUUCUUUUUCGGCGUUCCCCUUAAGCCGAUGUGGUCCAUAAAGCGUACGCGUGAACUGAGCCCAAAGAAAAUAUUGGAUCCCGGGGCGAAACUGGAGGAUCAAGCUCGCAGUCUUCGGAGUUAUGUCUCGCCUUAAUUUUCUCGUCAGACGGCGUCGCCUUCCACUUUCCCAGAUUUCUCCACUUCACUUCUCUCGAUAUAGGUGAACACGACCUGGCAAGCGCUCGCUCCAGGUGCGCCAAUCGCAGGACCAAAUGUCUUUCGCGUACAACCACCGUUCUCAGAUGCCAUAAUGUCGCAAUCGCACGCCAGAGCAUAACGAGCUCCCGCUAUACCUGCUUUAUUUACCAAUUAGAGGCCUCUACAACAGUGAGGAAGUGCACUACGUGAUAAACGACCGCCAAGUAUUUCCACCAAUUCAUUGUGUACGCCUGAUUCUAGUGUGUUUGUCAUAAUGUGUGUGUGUAUAUAUAUGCCACUGUAUAGGUGUGUUGUUGCAAAAUCACGUGGCUGCAAAGAUAUUUUUUUGCCUAUAACACUCUGAACUGGAGUUACAGAGAAAAAAUCUGAAAAACUGUAAAACAUCUGCGGCAGGCAGACCUAAUAACAUUCUCGCACAGCUUUAAUUCGGAGUCGAAAGUACAAGACCUGCUCGCGAUAUCUACUGGCUUUAAGCUUCCAAAGCAUUCUGUGGGCCAGCGAAAUGUACGGGAUGCUCCCAUCGCGGGCGUGGCUGCCAAGAGUGAAUCACGUGGUGCCGCUCAUACGGCGAAGAAUGUUUGAAUGUACAGUGUACAAUAAAGUUUUCUCACCCGAUAUUCACCAGGCGUUUGAGAAAUCUUUCAAGUCGUUCCUGUAGCGACCAGUUUUCGCUGGAAGCGAAAGCGCUUGACGGUGCCCAGUUUAUAAUGUGAGCUGUUCAUUUUACGAACUGUUUUUAGCUUUGCUGAUAUUAGGACAAAUUAAUAAAUGAAAUAAAUCUCCUGAGAAACCA